UUCUCCCACAAUGCACCGGUUCGGUAAAUGUCACAACAAACCUUUGCGGUCCAUAGAUGUCAACUAACUAACUAGCGCUUUCUAGGAUUUCCUUCAGUGGUCUGUGGGUUAACCCAAACUGUCUCACAGUAACAUUAAACUAGACAUUAGACAGAGAAUUUGUCAUUAGUUCUAUUGAAUGUAAACAGUUCCUCGUGGAGGACAUUUACUAAAGCUAGUUAGCUAGCUGGCUAUCUUAACUCUAACACGAAGGCCGUCUCACCUUAGUGAGAUAACAAAUAUAUUAAAUAAUGUCUGGACCAAACGGAGAUCCAAACAUCUCUAUUGACGAUGGUAUUAUAAACGACGACGACGAAUUUGGCGAUGAAGAGUACGCCUCCAUCAACUCGAUGCUGGAUCAGAUCAACUCCUAUCUCGAUGACCUGGAGGAGCGGAACGACUCUCUCAAUGGCAAACUGCACGACCUGAUGGAGUCGAAUCGUCAGGCCCGGAUGGAGUUCAGGGCCCAGCUGCUUGGCUCCCAGACGCAGGACGAGCAGUGUCCUGCGGACGGUGACUCCCCCUCACCCAGCAAGGAGGACACAGGCAAGGAUAACGAGGGCUCGCAAAAGAGCGACGAGGGCGACGAGAUCAGGGGUUCGACAUAAAGCAGAUAGAGAGAUGUUUAUGACAGUACUCCUGACCUCUGUCUGUGGACGUGACUCUUGAUCCGCAUACUCCAUGCCUGCCUGGUUCCUCAGUGAAUUUGCACCCCCCAUCAGCAGACAUGUGCGUGGUAGUGAUAUGCAUCUGCAUCUUCUAUAUCACUGAACUCGGUCCAGUUUUUCUCCUUGUGGUGUUUUGCUCCUGCGCAGAUUGUUGGACUCGAGUUACUUGGCAUUCCAUCACAGGCUUGUGAAAUCUAAGUCAAAUGUGUUGCAGUGUUAAAAGCUGCACUGAGAUUUGAUCAUGUGAUCAUCAGAGUGACGAUUCCUAAGACACGCAGAAGAUUUAGAAAAAUGCAACUCUUUAUUAAACUAUGCUCGAACUACAUGAUCAUGCUCAGAUUUGAGAUUUGGAGCUUAAAAUUUAAAUGUAACUUAGUUUGACUUCUCUGGAACACGAGCGAGUUACAGUUGGACUCCCUAAUGUGUUUCCGCCUCUACCCUGGAUCUAUUUAUUGCCGAGUGUGUGAUUACUCUUAUUAUCCCCAAAUUUAAAUAGAGAAACAUUCCAGAUGUCUGUCAGUGUGUUGUAAUGUUUGAUCUGCAGUAUUAACACUGCUGUUUCGUUUAGGAUAGGAAGCGAUCAGCUUGAAAAGUGUCCGACAAAAAAAGUCCACAUGAUGCGGGAACCGUCUGACAUUUUAUUAUAAAUUAAGAUGACUUCCAAACAGAAAACAAACAUCCAAAAAUACAUUAAAGUUCCAGCAGUUAGAAAACAUCACCUGUUUGUUCAUCUCAAUUUUGUCAGUAGCUGAAUAAAAAUACAAUUAAGAAACAUA